UUUUUAUUCAGUGUAAUCUCGAAAUUUGGAAAUUUCAGAUUACUGAAAUUGAAUUAACUAAUCUUACCAAAUAUUAUUGUAGAUUAAACUGUAGAUAUUGUGAACUCCAUUAGCCUAUCAAUUUAUCUAUAGCCAAUAAGUCCCGUUAAACGAUUUCUACGAAAUGUAUUGCGUACGAUGACUUCUACCGUAACUUGCGUUGUAAAUACACGUACAUAGGGAUGGCGUCAUCCAGUCGAGGAAUUCAAAUUGGUUCUGCGUGGUUUCAACGCAAAAUAAAUCUCAGACCACAACACAGGGGUGUACAUUUAGUGACCGAAGAAAUUCUAAAACAGAUACCUGAAAUAUCUCAAUUCUCAGUUGGAUUGUGUCAUAUACAAAUUUUACACACAUCAGCUAGUCUUGCCAUAAAUGAAAGUUGGGAUCCAAAUGUCCGAGAUGAUAUGGAGAUGAUGUUAAAUAAAAUAGUACCAGAAGGUUUACCUUAUCGACAUUCAUGUGAAGGACCAGAUGAUAUGCCAGCACAUGUGAAAGCAUGUUUUCUCGGUUCAUCUAUAACUGUGCCCAUUACUGAGGGGAAAUUGAAUCUUGGCACAUGGCAAGGUAUUUGGCUGUGUGAACAUCGAAAUCAGGCUGGUAGUCGAAAACUUGUGAUUACAUUAAAUGGAUCACCGAACUCAUCAGCAAGUGAUUGUAAUCGAUCACCAAUGUCUCCGUCCUCGCCAAUGGCUUCAUUAAGCAGUUAGGCACAUUAUAUAAACAAAUAUAUUCACAGAUGAAUGUUAUUUAUAAACAUCAUAACCAACAUUAAAUGUAGAGACAAUUGUUAGCUACUGCCUCUAGUCAAUGUAAUAUAUAUAUAUAUAUAUAU